AUGGUCAAGCUCCAUAUUCUUUCAAUUUUAUUGUUUUUAUCUAAUUCCUUUGCCCAACACAAUUUAAACUUAAUAUUUGAUGACAUUAAAUGUUCUGCCGACACUAAAGAUUACAUCAAAUUUUUUACCUGUUCAAUUGACAAAUCACCAGAAUUUCCUGUACUAAAUGUUGACUUUCAAAUGAAAAAAGAAGUUCAAGAAUUUCGUGUUAAUUUUGCUGUUUAUGCUUCAACUAGGACGAAGAAAAAAUUUACAGCAUUUAAAGUUGAGGGUGUAAACUAUUGUGAUUUACAAGAAAAAGAAACUGUUAUUGCUCCAAUUGCCAAGACAUUGUAUGAUAUGAUUAAAAGAGCUGGAACUCUUCCGGGAAGGUGUCCUAUUGCAGCUGACUUUCAUUACUCAUUCAAUAACAUUUCUGUAAAUCAAGAUUUAUUACCAUCUUAUUUUCCAAAAGUUAAUGUUAAAAUUGUUCUUUCAUAUCACAAUAAAAAACAACGAUUUUUUACCAUUACGACACUGGGUCGAGUAACUAAUAACAAAAUGGAAGGUAAAAAUAGAAGAAGAUCUUGAAAUUUAU